CGCAGCCGGGGAAUGAGCCCUGAUGGUCACGGGCUGAGCCCCGCGUCGCCGCAAUGUCCGUGGCCUUCGCGUCCGCCCGGCCGAGGGGCAAAGGGGAGGUCACGCAGCAGACCAUUCAGAAGAUGCUGGAUGAGAACCACCACCUGAUCCAGAGCAUCCUGGACUUCCAAAACAAGGGCAAGACGGCCGAGUGCACCCAGUACCAGCAGAUCCUGCACCGGAACCUGGUGUACCUGGCCACGAUCGCCGACUCCAACCAGAACAUGCAGUCGCUGCUCCCUGCCCCGCCGACCCAGAACAUGAGCCUGGGCCCCGGAGCGCUGGCCCAGAGCGGCUCCAGCCAGGGCCUGCACUCCCAGGGCAGCCUCAGCGACACCGUCGGCACGGGCCUGCCGCCGUCCUCACUCAUGCAGGGCCAGAUCGGCAACGGUCCAAACCACGUGUCCAUGCAGCAGACGGCACCGAGCACGCUGCCCACGACCUCCAUGAGCAUGUCGGGCGGCGGCCACGGCACGGGGCCUGGCUACAGCCACUCGGGACCCGCCUCGCAGACCGUGCCCAUGCAGGGCCAGGGCACCAUCAGCAGCUACGUGUCCCGGACCAACAUCAACAUGCCGUCCAACCCAGUUUCCAUGAUGCACCAGCAGGCGGCCACGUCCCACUACAACUCCGCGCAGGGCGGGAGCCAGCACUACCAGGGCCAGUCACCCAUGGCCAUGAUGGGCCAAGGCGGCCAGGGGAGCGGCAUGAUGGGGCAGCGGCCCAUGGCACCCUACCGGCCAUCCCAGCAAGGUUCUUCCCAGCAGUACCUGGGCCAGGAGGAGUACUACAGCGAGCAGUACAGCCACAGCCAGGGCGCCUCGGAGCCCAUGAGCCAGCAGUACUACCCGGACGGCAUGGGCACAGGAGCUGACGGUGGCCAUGGGUGUCUCGCAGGCCACAGCGAUUACGCCUACCAGCAGUCGCCCUACACGGAGCAGAGCUAUGACCGCUCGUUCGAGGAGUCCACGCAGCACUACUACGAAGGGGGAAACUCCCAGUACAGCCAGCAGCAGGCCGGCUACCAGCAGGGCACCGCCCAGCAACAGAGCUACUCCCAGCAGCAGUACCCCAACCAGCAGAGCUACCCCGGGCAGCAGCAGGCCUACGGGCCUGCCCAGGGAGCCCCCUCGCAGUACUCCGGCUACCAGCAGGGACAAGGCCAGCAGUAUGGGAGCUACAGAGCAUCACAGGCCGGACCGUCCUCCCAGCAGCAGCGGCCCUACGGCUACGAGCAGGGCCAGUAUGGAAGCUACCAGCAGUAAGCGCCGGGAGUCCUGGAGCACUUGUACAGCAUGUCCGUCCGGGGCGUGGACGGGCCGACGGCAGUUCUGGUGAACUGUGACGUGCCGAUGGCCGCUGUGCCGGCGCCACGCUGGGUAUGAGCCGCACGUGCCCCGCGGCUGCCUGGCAGCGCCGUGGUGCUGGACACGAUGGAGAGGCUGUCCCUCCUCUGUCCCCACAGCCCCUCGAUGCUUCUAGCUGACUGUGGGGUCAUCUUGUCAUCACGGGAUUCCGUCCAGCGAUGGGCUGUAUCUACCCACACAUCAUCCGAGUGUUCACGGGAACAGACCAGGGUCGGCUCUCUCCCCACAGACGUGCUGGAACGUGGGCUGUGACUUUCUUCAACUGUACCUGAGCGUGACCCGGGCACAGCCCCGGGCUGCACAGCCCCGGGCGGCAGCUUCUCCCUGUGCCGUGGUCGGACACAGGAGCCAGCAUGACACCUGGAUAGCCCUGGUGGCAGCUUCUCCCUGUGCCUCUGUGGUCGGACAUGGGGGCCAACGUGACCCGGGCACAGCCCCGGGCGGCAGCUUCUCCCUGUGCCUCCGUGGUUGGACACGGGAGCCAGCAUGACACCUGGAUAGCCCUGGUGGCAGCUUCUCCCUGUGCCUCCGUGGUCAGACAUGGGGGCCCGUGUGACUGGGCACAGCCCCGGGCGCAGCCUCCUCCCUUCCCCGUGGUCAGGGCGGGGUGGCAGCCGCUUCCUGGGCCUCGGUGCUGGGCACUGUCUUCUGUGUUGGCCGGUGUCUUACUCAGUGGAAGGACCAAGCUGCUUCCCCUGGACGGGCCGCGGGUGGGCUCCCGGAGCUGGCUCAUGGCCGUGGCCACCAGUCCUGUUGAGCCAAAAGUGUCAUGUGUUUGUCCUGUGAAGUGAAGAGGGAUCAGUGAGCGACUUCCAAGUGUGCGAGUCCGUGAGGGCCUUGUGUGCCGGCCCCGGCAGGGAGACGGCCCUCCAGGAACGGCCUUGGUGCUUGCCUGGAGCUGACGGGCACUGCUGGGGGGUGGAUACGCCCGUCCCCUGUACCGAGCACCGCGCUCCAGACAGCCGGCGGGCUGUGGGUUCCGGUUACCUCUGCUGGGACCCACUGUCCAGCUCCCCCAGCGAGCGCCCGGAAUCACGUUCGGUACGAAGAGCCCGGAGGUGUUAUCGUGUUCCCCACCGUGUGAGUGAGGGUCUCAGAGAGACCUGAGUGACGCGUGCUUUCCGACAUCUGUAGACCUCGCGGCCCACUUGGGAAACCCCUCACAGGCAGCCUGGCCACUGGGGCGGCACGGACGCUGGGCCACCCUCAGUGGGCACGGCAGGACCUCGCUGUGGCCGGAUGCCUGGCCACCCUCACGUGGGCACAGCAGGACCUCGCCAUGGCCAGAUGCCUGGCCACCCUCAGUGGGCACGGCAGGACCUCGCCGUGGCCGGACGCCGGGCCACCCUCACGUGGGCACGGCAGGACCUCGCCGUGGCCGGAUGCCUGGCCACCCUCACGUGGGCACAGCAGGACCUCGCCAUGGCCAGAUGCCUGGCCACCCUCACGUGGGAACGGCAGGACCUCGCCGUGGCCGGACGCCUGGCCACCCUCAGUGGGCACGGCAGGACCUCGCCGUGGCCGGACGCCGGGCCACCCUCACGUGGGAACGGCAGGACCUCGCCGUGGCCGGACGCCUGGCCACCCUCAGUGGGCACGGCAGGACCUCGCCGUGGCCGGACGCCGGGCCACC